ACAGCCAGUUAUAGUAAGAGCGGUAAAUGAACGACAAUUGUAAUAUUUUUGCUUGUGUAAUAUAUUUGUUGACGCUAAAACAUAUCGGUGCCAAAUUAAGUUGAAUUAAGUUCUGUGUAUUGGUGAGGAAAUCUUAAUUAAACUCACCAUUAAGUAAUCCGAUUAAAUUAUUCUUCCGAUACUACGUUUGUGUUUCCCUUUUUUGGUGUGUUAUUCAUAUUUCUGGUAUAAAUUUGCAAUUUUUUUGAGUGAAUUCUCCGAGUUAAAUGAGGUAAAUUAUAAAUGACAGCUUCAGCUAAAAAAGGAUUUUCUCACUAAUAGAAAAUGACAAAAAAUAAUACAAUAAAAACCAAUAAACAAGAAUAUGGAAGUGAACGAAAUUUUUAUCCAUGUGCAAUCGGCUUCGCUAUAUCCAUUGGAGUAAAUAACGCUCUGGCGACCUUACAAAGCAGCGCGAACGUUAAAGAAGGAAUCGGCACACACUCUAUUAUGAUCAAAACCACAGCUAGAAUCAUUGGAAGUCUAAUUGCUGUCCCUCUCGUACUUGAACGAUAUGGACAAAAAUCUGCUAUGCUUUUUGGACAAAUAAUUAAUAUUUUAUUCACUCUGGCAAAUCUUUAUCCGGUUUGGUACGUAAUGUACCCUGCAGCAAUCAUUGCUGGUAUGGCAGUGCCCUGUACUUGGGUUGGAGCUUCCGUGAUUAUCCAGAGCAUUGCAUCCAGUGCUGAAAGAGAUCAAAACGCUGAUUCGUCUUCGCAAAAGUACUUUGGGAUGUUUCUAGCAAUAUUGUCGCUGGGACAAGUAUUCACUAAUGUUAUGACUGAACUGAUACUUGACUGGAAUAACAUUGCUCGAUACGUUGACAACUUUGUUGAGGGCGGCUUCAAUCACAGCCGUACUAUUUCUUCGUAUAAUAUAACGUCUGAUAACCUGUUGACAUGCGGAUCAAUGGAUUGCCCGAUCGAUUACCCAUUUCGUCAGACGUCAGGCAAAUUUUUGGUGCUUAUACCGGAUCAAAAAUUACUACGAGUUCUACUUACUGUCUACAUCUUAAUGCAGAUUGGAGGAGCAGCUAUUCAUUAUUUUUUUUGUCACGGGCAAGAGCUCUGCGACUGAACAAGGAGAGAUCAGUCCAUCGAUGAAAACGCCUUUGCUAACAGACGAAAAAAGAAAUUUCUUGUCCGGUAUCAAAAAAACAUUCAAAUAUGCCACGUCUUUGCAAGAACUAUUGACUUUUCCUGUUAAAUUGCUAUUCGGUUUAACAAUUGCGUAUAUUUGGACGGAACACAACAGGGCAUUUGUGUCUUGUGUUGUUGGAGUCGAUAAGGUUGGAAUAUGCACUGCCAUUGUCGAUAUAAUGUCCUUUGCAACAUCUUUAGUAAUUUCGAAAAAUUCGGAAAACGUCGGUUUACCAGUUAUAUUUUCCGUGGGAUUGAUUUAUGAUUUGAUCAAUUACACAUGUUCGUUGUUGUGGAAACCAACCGUUUCUACUAAAUUCGUUUCGUAUAUUUUUUCGGCUACUUUUGGGAUUACCCAUGGCAUCAGACGUAACAUCGCAUUUUUGGUAACGGCAGUUCAUUCACCAGAUAAGUCUACUGGUUUUAUUUUGCAAUUUAUAUUGCAAUCACUAGGGGCGUCUAUCAGUACUGCCUGGAGCGUCCCACUUUGCGUCAUUGUGAAAAUAUACAUCAAUAUGUCUUUAACAAUAACCGCCACUUUAUGCUGGUUGAUUGCAAAGGUGCUCCUAGAUAGAUAUAAACAGCAACGAGAAAAACUUUACAAUCGUGAAUUCAAAGAACUAAUUCUACAAAGGGAAAGUAGCAAGGCACCAUUAUACAUGCUUCCAUUUUCUUUCACGAAAAGACUUUAUGGAGGUCUAAACUCUAAACACUGGAUCAGUGGCUUUUAACGUAGAUCGAAACCCCAAUGACAGGUUGGAGGAACACAUGUGCAUUAGUUCAAGUGUAUUGUGUAUUAGUGUUAUUGUUGUAUAUUAGUGUAUCGUGCAAAAAAACAUCAUUUCAUUAAUAAUUCAAAUUAUUAAUAAAUAUCGAACCUAAUAAUGACGAAACAAAAAUGAUUAUCAAAGUGUCGCAAGUUUAAUAAUAGCCAACGAUUAUAGAUAUUUGAUUAUGUCCAAACAAUAUACAGAACACAUAUUGACAAGAAUUUCGAAAAAAAGGCCGACAGGAUUUGGACAGUUUUGAUUCAAAUUGAGUUUGAAUGUUUCGUUUUCUUUCUGCAACAACUAGUUUUGUGAAUUGCUGUGGAAUUAUAUAUUAUAUAUAUACCUCUAUUAUUCACCUUUCCGUAUUUGGCAAAUACAGUCGGAGUUCAAAGACACUUGUUUAUAUUAUUGUCUAUAUUAUAAUCGCAGUUAUUAGUUUUGAGUUAAACUAGGACAAGUUGAAGAGAGCUACAGGGGUUUUUUGGUGAAAAAAAUUACAAACCACUGCAAUAUACAUCGACAGGUUUAUAUGCAGCAAGGUU